CAUCGCCCUGUAAUGGACGACAGUCGUGCGCGUGGACGAUUACAUGGCGUCCAAUUUUUUACUCUGUUUUUGUGCGUUGCUCGGUGUCACAGUUUCUCAAACCACAGCUCAGUCAUUUGGGUUUCCAUCUACCUCUGAUGCAUUGCAAGGGUCAAACCAUUUAACAAGUGAUGAUGGACCACCAUCCCUUCCAAGGCCAUUAGACGCGCCGCCGCUGCUGGCCGACGAUGACCCGCCGCCGGCGCCGGCGACGGACGCGCCGCGGCCGACGCGCGACCGCAAUGUCAUGCGCUUCGUGCGCGAGCCGCAGAGCCAGCUGGUGAAGAACGGCGGCCGCGCCGAGCUGGCCUGCGCCGUCAACACGGCCGGCGUCACUAUCGAGUGGCUGUACGGCGGCAAGUCGGUGGUCACCAACUCGCGCAACCGCCUGCGCCAGAGUGACGGCACGCUGGUUAUUAGCAAGGUGAAGCGCAGGGGCAGGGGCGAGGGCAUGUACCAGUGCAAGGUGCUCUCGGACGCCGGCGCCAUGCUGUCGCGGCCCGCCCAGAUCACCAUUGCAGGUGCGGAACGCGAGUUCUCCGUCUCGCCGGCCAACGUGUCGGUGGCGGCCGGUGGCACAGCGCUGCUGCGCUGCUCGCUGGUCUCACUGCCUCCGGCGCGCAUCAUCUGGAUGCGCGCCGGCCAGCCGCUGCCCGUCAACGACUCGCAGCGGCUGGCCGCCGACCUGCCCGGCCAACUGGUGAUCCGCGGCGUGACGGCCGCCGACGCCGGCCAGUACAGCGCCAACGGCAGUCUGGUGCUGCCAUGCGUGGCCGACGGCAAGCCGCCGCCCGCCGUGCGCUGGACACGAGCCGACGGCCGUCUGAUCCGGCUCCGGUGCCUGGCUGACGGACAACCGCCGCCUACCGUCACCUGGCUUAAGGACGGCCAGCGCAUCACCGUGGAGGGCGGCCGCGUCCGCGCCAAGGACGGCCAGCUGGUCAUCACUAACGUGCAGACCAAGGACGCCGGCAUCUACCAGUGUGUGGCGUACAACAGGGCCGGCUACACGGCCACGGGCGUGCGCAUCGAGAUGGCGGUGGGCACGUCCGAGCAGGUGCACGCGCCCACCAACGUGCGCGUGACGGGCAUCACCAGCCGCUCGGCGUUCGUCUCGUGGAGCGUCGACGACCGCAGCCAAUACGUCGGCUUCUCGCUGCACUACCGCGCUCCUACCGACGAGAUGGACAGCCAGGAGGUGUCCAACAACCUGUCGCUCCAGCUGAAGUACCUGCAGCCGUUCACUAACUACAGCGUUUACAUCCGCGGCUACUCGGGCAACAUGGCGUCUGACCCGUCCCCGACGGUCACCUUCGUCACGUCCGAGGACGUGCCAUCCCAGACGCCGCGGGUCACGCUGGUGACGGUGUCGCCGACGGCGCUCAACGUCUCUUGGGAGCCGCUGCCGCCCAAGGUCAGCAACGGCGUCGUGACCGGCUACCGCAUCAUCUCGCAGCGCUACCAAGACGGGAACACCGCCUCCAUGGUUGAGGUGCCCGGCGACCGGCGCUCCUUCCUCAUGACGGGUCUGGAGCCGGGCGGGAGGUACGAGGUGCGCGUGCUGGCCGCCACGCGCGUCGGCUACCAGAACGUGACGGGCGAGGGCGUCAACGACGCCAAGUGGGUGGUGCAGCGUAUGCCGCUCGUCUCGUCCGUCAGUCACGGCCCGCAGACGCCCACCGUCCACCUGGUGGUCAGCAACCACUCCACCAUCCGGAUCUGGUGGGAGAUGCCGUCGGGGCCGCACUCACCGCCGCCGGCGGCGUUCGUCGUGCAGUACCGCCGACUGGAGAAAAACGCACACCUCAGCAACGAGGUCCGCCUGCCAGGCAACGCCUCCGAGCAUUACCUGACCGGGCUCGCGCCCAAGACCUGGUACGAGGUGCACGUGAAAACGGUGUCGGCCGACGAGCGCACCGCCGAGUCCAUCAAGACCAUCUCGACACUGCCGGUGGAGCCACACCGCCAGAGCGGCUACAACAUAUCGGUGAUGCUCGAGCCGCCUGUCGGGCUGCAUGUGAAGGCGCGCAACGCCACGGCCGUGCUCGUGCGCUGGGAGCAGCCGCCCAGCGCGCGCAUCAUCAAGUACUUCACGGUCAUGUGGCACCCGCUGGGCCGCGACGCCGUGCCGCCGUCCCAGCUCAGCAGUACCAGCCGAGAGGUGACAGUGAUAGGCCUGGAGCCGUACACAUACUACGAGUUCUCGGUGCGCAGUCAUGACGCCGAGGGCACCGACGGACCGUUCUCGGAGGGCGUCAGGGUCCGCACGCUGGAGGGAGUGCCGACGCCGCCGGCCAACGUGACCUGGUCGCCGCUGGACGCGUCGCGCAUCCUAGUGCGCUGGCGGCCGCCGCGCUCGCCGCACGGCCAGGUGUCCGGCUACCGCGUGCUGUACACGGCCGACCGCGACUCGCCGCUCGACCGAUGGACUGCGCUCGACAUCCCGGCCAGCUCCGGCACACAGAUGCAGAUCGCAAAGCUGGUGCCCAAUCAACAGUACUGGGUGCGCGUGCGCGCGCGCACGGCCACGGCGCUGGGCGACCUGUCCGACCCGGCGGAGUUCCAGAUCCGCGCCGUGCUCGAUCGGAGCGCCGAGGGCAAGGCCGACGAGACGCCUGCCAGCACCAAUGUCGGUCAGUGCCCGUGA